AGAAAGGACAAUUUACUGGUUUCUUCAACUUUUAAUCAAGAGCAAAACAAUCAGGCUUUAGUUAUAAUAUGACAUUAGUUGGGAUAAAUAUGGAUAUCUGCUGAUUUUUUGCUGCUGUUUCUUGGUCAUAGGAUUAUUUAUUUUUUAAAUCUGUUUGGGAGCAUAAUUAGCAGGUUAUAUGAUUUAUAAAAUGUAAACAUUUAGCAAUUCAACAAAGAACGAUGAUUUUCUGGAGCUGGUGCUUUGUUGUGGGUAUUUUUCUCACUCUUAGCCUCAACAUGAGUAAGUAGGAGCCUGUUUUUGGUCAGUCUGUGCGAGGUAAAGAGAUAAAGUGGAAAAACACAGCGUUUUAUCCACUUUAUUUGACUGGGGGGAAAACAGAGCCACUUGUAGACCUUGAAAGAUCUGCACGGCAGAGAUAAAUGACGUACACGCACACACACACACAAACACGUCCUUGAGACGCAUGACAGAUAAGGCAAUGAGGCAGCCAGACCAACCGUCAGAAAAUACACUCUCUCCUUUCUGCGGAUUCAAUCCCGGCAGCAAGGAUGAGCGUGCGUGUGUUGAUGCUGCCUGAACCUGCGAUGGCUGACCCACUGCAACCUCAGCAAGAAGACCCGCUGCUGAGCAAGCUCCACAAUGGGAGCCUCCCCAACGGCAAAGAAGUCCCGAAACAUGCCCUGCUGCACGCCAGGGGCCAGUGGGCGAGUAAAGCCGAGUUCCUCCUGGCCGUGGCCGGGCAGAUCAUCGGGUUGGGCAACGUCUGGAGGUUCCCGUACCUCUGCUACAAGAAUGGUGGAGGUGUGUUCUUUGUACCUUACCUGCUGUUCCUGGUGCUGUGUGGCAUCCCGCUCUUCCUGCUGGAGACCUCGCUGGGUCAGUACCUCAGUCUGGGAGGUGUCAGCGCCUGGAGGACCAUCUGCCCACUGUUUGGAGGGCUUGGUUACGCCAGUCAGGUGAUCAUCCUGCACGGCUGCGUCUACUACGUUGUCAUCCUGGCGUGGGCCCUCUUUUAUCUGUCCUACAGCUUCCAGGCCGAGCUGCCCUGGUCACACUGUAACAACACGUGGAACACCGAGUCGUGUGUCCUCUUUGAUCACCUCAACCGGACCGCUAAUGUGAGCAGCCUGCCAGAGAACGCCUCGUCUCCUGUCAUGGAGUUCUGGGAGCGGGAGGUUCUCCGGCUCUCCCCUAACUUAGACGAGCUGGGUCCAGUCAGCUGGAAGUUGGCUCUGUGUCUGGCCGUCGUCUGGCUCGUCUGCUACUUCUGCGUCUGGAAGGGAGUCAAGUCCACCGGGAAGGUGGUUUACCUGACGGCCACCUUCCCAUAUGUCAUGCUGUUUGUGCUGCUGGUGCGCGGGGCCACGCUGCCCGGAGCCACACAGGGAAUCAUGUACUACCUCAAGCCCAACCACACCCGCCUGGCAGACCCACAGGUAUGGAUGGAUGCUGGAACCCAGGUCUUUUUCUCCUACGGAAUCUGCUUGGGCAGUCUCACCGCCCUGGGCAGCUACAACAAAUACAACAAUAACUGCUACAAAGACUCCUUCAUGCUGUGCCUCCUGAACAGCGCCACCAGUUUCCUGGCAGGUUUCGCCAUCUUCUCGGUGCUGGGCUUCAUGGCACAGGAGCAGGGCGUGGACAUCGGCAGCGUGGCUCAGUCAGGUCCUGGCCUCGCCUUCAUUGCCUACCCCAGAGCCGUAUCCAUGAUGCCGCUCCCUCAGCUCUGGUCCGUCUGCUUCUUCCUCAUGAUCAUCAUGCUGGGGCUGGACACGCAGUUUGUGAGCCUGGAGGCUCUGAUGACGUCGGUGACGGACCUGUACCCUCACCUGCUCAGACGAGGCCACCGCCGCGAGCUGCUGCUGCUGUUUGUCUGCGUCGUCUGCUUCCUCAUGGGCCUGGUCAUGGUCACUCCGGGAGGUCUGUACGUGUUCCAGAUCUAUGAUAAAUACUCCUGCAGCGGAGCGAGUCUGCUGCUGCUCUCCAUCUUCCAGUCUCUGGCCAUCGGCUGGGUCUACGGAGCCGAGCGCUUCUGCGCCAACAUCAGGGACAUGAUCGGCUACAGCCCGCUGCCCGUCUUCAAGCUGUGCUGGAAAUACUUCACCCCAGCUGUGUGCACGGCCACCUUUGUGUUCUCCCUGGUGUGUUGGUCUCCGCUCAGUCUGGGUAAAGGCCUCGUGGCUCCGGCCUGGGCCACGGCACUGGGCUGGAUCCUCACCCUCUCGUCCGUCUCCCUGCUUCCCAUCUGGGCCAUUUACGCCCUGGUCACCACCCCGGGAACCCUGACACAGCGCUUCACAGUUCUGUGCAGCCCCGCCAUUCUCUCGUCGCCGGGCCUCCACCACGUCUCCACCCACAACGCCGCUCUGCCUCUCACCGAGAAGCCAAUCACAGGUGUCACCCUGGAUCACAUGACCUGACGGGCGGCGGACGCGGCCCGCCCGCCAGCCACACUCCAUGGUGUGUUCACCUCACACGACAAACUCUGUAAUGUAGGGGGGGGGGAAGAAGAAUGUAUCACAUGAUCACGUCAUGGUUCUGUAAAAAAAUACAGUCGCACUUAUCUAUGAGACUCGUGGCCUUUAAAGUGGACCUUUAAUCAUUUAAUAUGCAUAUAAAGACACAUUUAAACUGACUUUUGAGUUCAUUUUGACAAACUCUCUGCGAGAGAUUAGACACAUCCACACUAAUACUACGUUUUCAUGUGCCGAUGUAAACAGGAAGUAGAUUCUCUUUCUGAUGCAGCCGUUAUAAUAACCGAUGUCCAGACUACAACACAACCCAGAUCAAAGAAAAGCACAGCAGCGUUUUCAAACGUCUUUGUUUUCUUUAUUGUUUUGGGGGCCGUUAGUCACCGUUAAACCAUUUUAUUAUUGUAAUUUGCCUUACACUUCGCUGCUUUCACACGUAGAAAAGAAACCAUUAAUCGUGUUGAAAUUGAAACAAUGCAAUAACCAAAUCGGAAAAGCUGCAAUUGAAUGUUUUUUUUCUGGACAUUGAAGUUGUAAUAAGUGUUUACCUUUUUUUAGUUUCUGCAUUUUAAUAAGACAUUACAAACUGCUGCUGCCGUGUUGAUAGAAGUAGUUAUUUUUUAUUUUUGUAUCCUGGAUUUGAGAUUUGAAAGACACGAUACCUCUUUAAAACAAACAAAAAAAAAAACAGGUUGAAAGGUUUAUACUUUGAGAGUAAAUACAGUUUGUGGUGAUGAAAUAUAUAUAAAUAAUUACUGAAGUGAGAGUUCAGGUUUUUUCGUGUGUGAUUGUAUGAUGUGCUGACAUGUGAAAGAAACAGAUUUUAACCUCACUCGUCUCAUAAAAUCUAUACCUGCUUAUGUCUACAAUACGUAAAGAAGAUGUUUUCCACUUUAUUUCACUGUUAAACAGCAUUUUCUGACCAGAAACUGAAGUUGUGUAAACCGCUCACUCUCACACACCAAACUCCAUUGAGAAAACCGUCGUUUUUAGUUCACGCGGGUACAGGAGCUUCUGCCUCGCUGCUGCCCCGUGUGGUCACUUUGUGUCACUGUGGUAAAUCUGAGCGUACAUUUCAGACGCCAAACUCGUAAAACAACAAGUUUCAAGUCAGUGAUGGAGGCAACAGUGGAUCAACAGCUCCUGUGAGCUGGGAUGUUAAAAUCGCUGAUUUUCUCCAUGGGGUUUGGUGUUGGAGAGUGAGCGGUUUACAAACUUCAGUUUCCUGCAAUAACAACUCUCUAAUGAUAAGAGUCGAGCAACAAAUGGAUUCUUAAGACGCCACAAACACUUGUUGAACUAUUCCUGACUAUUAUUUUACUGUUUUUAUGAGAGAAAACUUGAAGGAUGUCUCCAUUGGUUAUUUUGUUUGCUGGAUGUGUUUUGGAACAUAAUCAUGUAAAAACCUUAAAUCCUCAGUGAUGACCACACCACGUCUCAGCUGUUUGUUUACAGGUGUGUGUGUGUGUGUGUACUGCUUGUUAUUGUACUUUUGUACUGUGUAUUUCUCCUGAAUGAACAUAUUUACUUUAUGAAUGAAA